AGAGGAAAACAUGGCGGAAAACAAAGGCGGUGGCGAGGCUGAGAGCGGCGGCGGGGGCAGCAGCAGCGCGCCGGUAACUGCCGGGGCCGCCGGGCCCGCGGCGCAGGAGGCGGAGCCGCCUCUCGCCGCGGUGUUGGUGGAGGAGGAGGAGGAGGAAGGCGGCAGGGCCGGCGCGGAGAGCGGCGCGGCCGGGCCCGACGACGGGGGGGUGGCCGCGGCCUCCUCGGGCUCGGCCCCGGCUGCCUCAGCCCCAGCAGCCUCAGUGGGCCCUGGAAUUCCCGGGGGGGCGGUAUCGACGCCGGCCCCAGCUCCGGCUUCGGCUCCUGCUCCGGGUCCCUCGGCGGGGCCGCCUCCUGGUCCGCCAGCCUCGCUCCUGGACACCUGCGCCGUGUGUCAGCAGAGCCUGCAGAGCCGGCGUGAGGCGGAGCCCAAGCUGCUGCCCUGUCUUCACUCUUUCUGCCUGCGCUGUCUGCCGGAGCCCGAGCGCCAACUCAACGUGCCCAUCCCGGGGGGCAGCAACGGCGACAUCCAGCAAGUUGGUGUAAUACGGUGCCCAGUAUGCCGCCAAGAAUGCAGACAGAUAGACCUUGUGGAUAAUUAUUUUGUGAAAGAUACAUCUGAAGCUCCUAGCAGUUCUGAUGAGAAAUCAGAACAGGUAUGUACUAGUUGUGAAGACAAUGCAAGUGCAGUUGGCUUUUGUGUAGAAUGUGGAGAGUGGCUAUGUAAGACAUGUAUUGAAGCACAUCAAAGAGUAAAAUUCACUAAAGAUCACUUGAUCAGGAAGAAAGAAGAUGUCUCAGAGUCUGUUGGAGCAUCUGGUCAGCGCCCUGUUUUCUGCCCUGUACACAAACAAGAACAGUUGAAACUUUUCUGUGAAACAUGUGAUAGGCUGACAUGUAGAGACUGUCAGCUAUUGGAACACAAAGAACAUAGGUAUCAAUUUUUAGAAGAAGCUUUUCAAAACCAGAAAGGUGCAAUUGAGAAUCUACUGGCUAAGCUUCUUGAGAAGAAGAAUUAUGUUCAUUUUGCAGCUACUCAGGUGCAGAAUAGGAUAAAAGAAGUAAAUGAGACUAACAAACGAGUAGAACAGGAAAUUAAAGUGGCCAUUUUCACCCUUAUCAAUGAAAUUAAUAAGAAAGGAAAAUCUCUGUUACAGCAGCUAGAGAAUGUUACAAAAGAAAGACAGAUGAAGUUACUACAGCAACAGAAUGACAUCACAGGCCUUUCCCGGCAGGUGAAGCAUGUUAUGAACUUUACAAACUGGGCAAUUGCUAGUGGUAGCAGCACGGCACUACUGUACAGCAAGCGACUGAUUACUUUUCAAUUGCGCCAUAUUUUGAAAGCACGGUGUGAUCCUGUCCCUGCUGCUAAUGGAGCAAUACGUUUCCAUUGUGAUCCCACCUUCUGGGCAAAGAACGUAGUCAAUUUAGGUAAUCUAGUAAUAGAGAGUAAACCAGCUCCUGGUUAUACUCCUAAUGUUGUAGUUGGGCAAGUUCCGCCAGGGACAAACCACAUUAGUAAAACCCCUGGACAGAUUAACUUAGCACAGCUUCGACUCCAGCACAUGCAACAACAAGUGUAUGCACAGAAACAUCAGCAGUUGCAACAGAUGAGGAUGCAGCAGCCACCUGCACCUGUACCAACAACAACAGCAACAACACAGCAGCACCCUAGACAAGCAGCCCCUCAGAUGUUACAACAACAGCCUCCAAGAUUGAUCAGUGUGCAAGCAAUGCAAAGAGGCAACAUGAACUGUGGAGCUUUCCAAGCCCAUCAGAUGAGAUUGGCUCAGAAUGCUGCCCGAAUACCAGGGAUACCCAGGCACAGUGGCCCUCAGUAUUCCAUGAUGCAGCCACACCUCCAAAGACAACACUCAAACCCAGGGCAUGCUGGACCCUUUCCUGUUGUGUCGGUGCACAACAACCCAGUCAAUCCAACCAGCCCUACUACAGCUACUAUGGCAAAUGCAAAUCGAGGUCCCACCAGCCCAUCUGUUACAGCAAUAGAACUAAUUCCUUCAGUUACCAAUCCAGAAAACCUUCCUUCGCUGCCAGAUAUUCCACCCAUACAGUUGGAAGAUGCUGGUUCAAGUAGUUUAGAUAAUCUACUAAGUAGAUACAUCUCAGGCAGUCACCUACCCCCACAGCCCACAAGCACCAUGAAUCCCUCCCCAGGACCCUCUGCCCUAUCUCCAGGAUCAUCAGGUUUAUCCAAUUCUCACACACCUGUGAGACCCCCUAGUACUUCUAGUACUGGUAGUCGAGGCAGCUGUGGGUCGUCAGGAAGAACUGCAGAGAAGACAAGUCUUAGUUUCAAGUCUGAUCAAGUGAAGGUCAAGCAAGAACCUGGCACUGAAGAUGAAAUAUGUAGCUUUUCAGGAGCUGUGAAACAGGAAAAGACAGAGGAUGGCAGGAGGAGUGCCUGCAUGUUGAGCAGUCCUGAGAGUAGCCUGACACCACCUCUUUCAACUAGCCUGCAUCUAGAGAGUGAGUUGGACGCAUUAGCAGGCCUGGAAAACCACGUGAAAACUGAACCUACAGAUGUGAAUGAAAGCUGCAAACAGUCAGGGCUCAACAGCCUUGUUAAUGGAAAGUCCCCAGUUCGAAGUCUCAUGCACAGGUCGGCAAGGAUUGGAGGAGAUGGCAGCAGCAAAGAUGAUGACCCAAAUGAAGAUUGGUGUGCCGUCUGCCAAAAUGGAGGGGAUCUCUUGUGCUGUGAAAAAUGUCCAAAGGUCUUUCAUCUAACUUGUCAUGUUCCAACACUUCUUAGCUUUCCAAGUGGGGACUGGAUAUGCACAUUUUGCAGAGAUAUAGGGAAACCAGAAGUUGAAUAUGAUUGUGAUAAUUUGCAACAUAGUAAGAAGGGGAAAACUGCACAGGGGUUAAGCCCCGUGGACCAAAGGAAGUGUGAACGUCUUCUGCUUUACCUCUAUUGCCAUGAAUUAAGUAUUGAAUUCCAGGAGCCAGUUCCUGCUUCGAUACCAAACUACUAUAAAAUUAUAAAGAAACCUAUGGAUUUAUCCACCGUGAAAAAGAAGCUUCAGAAAAAACAUUCCCAACACUACCAAAUCCCAGAUGACUUUGUGGCUGAUGUUCGUUUGAUCUUCAAGAACUGUGAAAGGUUUAAUGAAAUGAUGAAAGUUGUUCAAGUUUAUGCAGAAACACAAGAGAUUAAUUUGAAGGCUGAUUCAGAAGUAGCUCAGGCAGGGAAAGCAGUUGCAUUGUACUUUGAAGAUAAACUCACAGAGAUCUACUCAGACAGGACCUUCGCACCUUUGCCAGAGUUUGAGCAGGAAGAGGAUGAUGGUGAGGUAACUGAGGACUCUGAUGAAGACUUUAUACAGCCCCGCAGAAAACGCCUAAAGUCAGAUGAGAGACCAGUACAUAUAAAGUAAAAUGACAUGAACUUAAAUCAAUUGUUUAAAAAAAGAAAAGAAUGAAAAACUUUUAUUUAAGUGUUGCUGGAAUAUCCUGCCUACAGUGGGCACCUCCUUGAAGAAGCUGAUAGCUUUUACACAGUAUUAGAUUGAAAUAAUGGACAGAAAACACAUUCUUGUCAAGAAAGGGGGGAAGGACUCUAUUUGCAACUUUAAAAGUAAAAACAAAAGCGAAAGUAAAAUGAUUUGAAGAUUUCUGUUACCACAGAGAAUGGUUCUGAUUUUUAGAAUGGGCAGAUGUUGAUGAUCACUUGGUAUUGAUUGGUGCAGAUACUGAGUGUUCAAGUACUUAAGGGUCAUGUCACUGGUUAAAUUGUCUCUUUGGAGUAGAGUGCACAAUUAUUAAACCCACUUUUAUGCCUCCCCCUCCACACAUAUACAUACUGGCUUAUUUUCUAGUUAAAAAUCAAAGUUGCUCAGAUUCCACUUUGAUGUCAGUGCAGAUGUGCAUUGCAUCAUGCUGUUAUAUUUUCUCUCAUUUUGAUGCUGUUGGGCCUUAGUUUUAUAUUGGUUUAAAGAACUCAACAAUAGUUUAUUUUCUGUUCAUACUUAAGAGCCUAGGAAACAUGACCAUUGAUCAUCAUUUAAUCAACUUUAAUGUUCUACUGAAAUAAAUAUGGUAACCUUUCAGUAGCAGAUCAUUUACAGUAGUCAUUUCCAGAAGACACUUCCACAGAAUUGCACUUCCAAAUCAAAUCAUCUGAUCAUAGUUAUUCCCGUGAAAGGUAGAAUGUUUGUUUGAAAAUUAAUCUAGUUUUCUGUACAUUUAAAAUUUGAUUGCGAAGGUGACAGCUGGCUCUUAUCCAGUCUUCCUUCAUAUCAGUUUUCUGAUAGACCACUAUUGGCAAACAGUAAUCUGUCAACUACCAAAUGUGUAAAAUUUUCUGUAUUUCACUUUGUCUUAUUUGUAAAUAGUGAACUAAAACUUCUGGCAGAUCAGCAACAUUUGCUGAGCCUGUUUUUUAAGCUAAUAUGUAUUCUUACUAAUGUUCCUAUCAAGAAUGGAUUUGUAAUAUAUGCUGUCUAUUUCUAAUGUUCACAUUCAUAUUUUGAGGUUCUAUCUUAUUUUAAUAGAGAACAGACUUCUCAGAAAAUCUUCAGAAGCAGCUUAUUAUUAAAAUAUCAAAAUAUUGAAAUAAACCCGGUGGGGUUAGAGUACUCAUCCGUCCACCAAGUGGGACAUUUGCAUGGACUGGGGGCUUAAAGGACGUAGAAGAGACCUGUAAGUAUAUCCUGAAAAUGAGCCAAUCAAUCCCCACUUGAAUGGUUACUGGAGGAAACCCACCUUUACUACUCUGAUUUUAGCACCCGAGGCAGAUAAACCACCUUGGCUCUGUUUCAUUUUUCUUCUCUUCAUUUGUGAUGCUCAGAUCCAAGAUGCGUGUUCUAGGCUGUGUACAGGCUUCUCUUUUGUUGAGUUAAAAAUUUUAGUCCUACUUUUGUAUGGACAUGUUAGAAUGUAAAGUGACCAAAAUAGAAGACUUUCCAUUAGAUAUUUUUCAGACAUCAGCAGAUUUGUGGCAAAUCAUUUGCCUUUUUAAAAAUUCAGCUUGAACAGUUCAGACAGUAGACUACUCAGAAAAAAUUAUUUGACAUAAUUGUCUAAGAGGUAAAUAUUUUUUAGUGCGUAUUGAAUCAAAUAAAGUGCUCUAAAGAAGUUAUUAUACAAAUUUCUUUGGGUUGUUUUUCUUUUCUUAACAAGUGGUGGGGGUAAAAAUGAAUAUGAUUCAAGCCUUCUGAUGGUAUAUUGGUUUUAUUAUUGCUACUGACUUCAUUCUGUG